GGCACUGCGUGGUCUCCCUGUUUCACAAAUGAGAAAACCAUAGGAGCCCCCUCCCCUGAGCUGAGCCAGGGGCCAAUGGCCAGGGACAAAGCCAACCCCUGUGAGGUGGACCAAGAGAAAUAUGAUGCUGAUGACAACGUGAAGAUCAUCUGCCUGGGGGACAGCGCUGUGGGCAAGUCCAAACUCAUGGAGAGAUUUCUCAUGGAUGGAUUGUAUCCUUCAAGUCAGCCCCAGCAACUAUCCACGUACGCCCUGACCCUGUAUAAGCACACAGCUACUGUGGAUGGCAAGACCAUUCUUGUGGACUUUUGGGACACGGCGGGCCAGGAGCGGUUCCAGAGUAUGCAUGCCUCCUACUACCACAAGGCCCACGCCUGCAUUAUGGUGUUCGAUGUGCAGAGGAAGGUCACGUAUAAGAACCUGGGCACCUGGUACGCGGAGCUUCGGGAGUUCAGGCCAGAGAUCCCGUGUGUCGUGGUGGCCAAUAAAAUCGAUGCUGACAUAAAGGUGACCCAAAAAAGCUUCAAUUUUGCCAGGAAGUUCUCCCUACCCCUGUACUUUGUCUCAGCUGCUGAUGGCACCAACGUGGUGAAGCUCUUCAAUGACGCAAUUCGAUUAGCUGUGUCCUACAAGCAGAAUUCCCAGGACUUCAUGGAUGAGGUUUUGCAGGAGCUUGAGAACAUUGAUUUGGAGCAGAAGGAAGAGGAACUGCCAGACCAAGAGCAGUGUGGCAGCACCAAGAGCCUGCCUCCCUCCUGAGCCCGAGGAUGCCUCUCCCCUCACAGCUCCGGCUCUGAACUGAGAAACUUCAUGGCCUUCCACACCCAACCCUCUAAAGCCACCCCCUGUUCUGAAGGACAGGGACAGGGCAUCACCAGCAAGCACCAUGACACAUGGAGGUCCAUCCACUCCAGACUCCGACCAGGAUUGGAGAUCAACCCCCCUCUAGGGUUGGACAGAGAAGAGAAUCUUGGAACCUGCUUCGUGUGUCUCUUAAAUAAAAGGAAAUUUUGGGGGUUUUUCUUUUGUCUCCCAGAACAGUUAAAAGCCCAACUGCAGCAUGAGGCAUUCCUUCCCAUUCCAAGCAGUGGUGGACGUGGUGCCCGGGCAGCCAGGGCGUAGACAUGCCCUUCUCUCCAGUACCUGUGGCUCACUGAUGUGCUUAGUGAUCAUCUUGUACGUCAUUUCCACUAUAUUUUUUAUGUUUUCCUUUUACAAUAAAGGUUGGAUUACACAACCAUUGAA